AGCCCAAAGGACACAUGCAUGGCGCCAGGCGCUAGCGCUGCGCACCGGAGCAGCGGCCACACCGCCUCGCCCUCCCUCCACCGGCACGGCGGCACCUGCGACCAUGAUCAACAACUCCUCAUCACCACCACCGUCACCCGCGCAGCCUCCGACUCCCAUCGACCCGUGGGGCGAUACAUUUCUCUCCCGCCUCUCCGCCGUCGUCCUCCUCCUCGCCUACUCCUCCUGCGCCGCCGUCUGCCUCUACCACACCGCGCGCUUCCUCCUCCAAUGCCUCGAGCGCCGCCGCGCCGCGCGGGAGGCGCAGGAUCCUAAGCCCCCCUCCCAAGCCGUGGACGGCGCCGGCGCCGGCGCCGUGUGGGCGGAGGCCGACUGCGCCAUCUGCCUGUCCGAGCUCGACCCGGAGGGCGGCGAGCGCGUUCGCGUGCUCCCGGCGUGCGGCCACGCAUACCACGACGCCUGCGUGCAAGCCUGGCUCGCCACGCGCGCGUCCUGCCCCACCUGCCGCGCGCCCUCCCGGUCCCGGCCGUCACGGACGACCAGAGCGCCGUAGCCAAGCCGGAUCAGCAGGCAGCCUACAGCUGCGGUGCUGCCUGACGGCUCUGUCUAUGACACGUACAAGAAGCGGCGCCAUAUAGUUCCGUGGUGUUUGUUUGACUAUAGCGGAUACAAAUGCAAAGUUAACUGCGACUAGUAGACUAGUUCAUGUGGAAUUAGAGCUC